GCUGGGGUUGCGGCCGGUCGCGGGGUGUUUCGCCCGGUUUUGGGGGGGCAGUCGCCUUAUUGGGGGGGUGCUCUCGUGACUGUUGGGGCUUUUAGGGCUUUGGGGGCUGUGGGCAGACGUGAGGCGCCCCCGGGUUUCAGGGUGGUUGUUGGCAUGGAGGGUGCCGCCGGGUGUGGGGGGGUGCCUAUGGCUGCAAGGAAGCGCUUGCCUGUUUAGGGAGUGUCUCCGGGUUUGGAGGUGUCGCAGGGCUUGGGACAUGCCACCAGCUUUGAGGGUGCUGCCGGCUGUGGGACGUGCCUGGUUUUAGGCUCGGUUCCUGGAUUUGGGCAAUGCUGCCUGGUGUUCCUGUUGUGGGGGUGCUGCCAGGUUGGCGGUGCCACAGUCACCCACGGGUGGUUUUAGUGCAGAGCAGUUUUGCGAGCGGCGUGGGAGCCUGUGCUGCCCGGCUGUCUCCGUGCCGGCUUCAUCCCCGCUGCCCUGUGAGAGCGGCAGGGCUUGGUUGGAGCUGCUGGACAAACCUGUGUUUGCUGGCCCAGCUCCUCAGCCUCCUCGUUUGUCUCCAGUUGGCUCAAUUUAAGAGGUCUGGCUUCCCCCCUUGUUGUUUAUUCUGCCCUUCUGCUGAAAGCUGCUUGCAGUUGCCUAGGAAAAGGAGUUUAACCUGUGGUCAGUCUCAGAGCUGGGUGUCUUCACUGGAGCCAGUUUUGUGAAUAGCACAUGGGAGCAGUGAAGGGACAGAUGUGUGUCCCCCUGCUCUGCCAUUUCUGUGACCUGUUGAAAGCAGCAUCUGCUCCAACCGAAAGAAACCCUGGCACUGCAGCAGUGUGUCUCGUACGGUGCCGGUGUGGCCAAGCUGCACCCAGCCUGGGCAUUCAGGCUGUUUCAGCAGUGUGGGUACCGGACCAGCCAUUCUUGGGAAGAGCUAGGGGCACUCCCUGUUACACUCAGCAGGUGUUUUUAACUUGUCUUGACAGAGGUGAAAUGGUCUCUCACAUUUACAGUACUUUUAGAUUAGUACACAUUGUGCUGUCUGCUUGGUAGUAAAUGAUGUGUUUCUGUUUAGUGUUUUAUUCCUUGUUUUGAGUCUGAUGCGGAUCGUUCAGGGCCAUUGAACCAGGCUGGAUUUUGCUUUGUUCCUGUGGUUUUGCUCAGCAGUGCUGCAGGAGGGACACCAGGCAGUGCUGCUCCACUGCUGGAUGCUGGGGUGUACCUGAGGAAAGGGGCUUUAGGAAAUCCUUUCCUGCGUCUUGCUGAAGCUCAGGUGAUCUGCCAGUGGAGUUGCCAUGGCACUUGCAUCACUUGGCAAGUUCACUGACUUUUCUUGGGUUUGCCUUAGUUUCUGCUCUGUAUGAGAUUGCUGGCAAGCAUUUAAUUCCCACAGCCUUUGCUCCUGUUGCAUCUUCCUGUUGCUCUGCGUGUCACAGAGCAGUUUGUCAGACAGCUGUCUAGUGAACAAGAGAGACUUCCAGUGAUGGUUGGCUAUCAGGACAAUCAGAAACAGGAGAGGGGUAUAACCUAACAUUUUGAAGUUGGAUGGAACUAGCAACUUGAAUUUAUUCUUUUCGUCCUGGCACGUGUCAGAUCAGCUCUGAUAGCAUCCUUUGCAUUCUAGUGAUACCAGGAAGGGUCAUGAAUCUUUAGUCUUGUGGUAGGUUUUCACCUGUAAACACUUCUGCAUACUUCUACCUGCAUCUGGUUUUGUCCAAAACUUACAGCGGGGUCCUUUGCUUUGCAGUCAGUGAUAUUCUCUUGUAGUCCAGUUCAUCUGCGUAUGUCUCAUUCCUUCUCCCUCUCUCUCUGUUUCGGAUAGCAGAAUAAUCUAAUAACCUGUUAAACAGAAGAUUAACCAGGUGCAUAUUCCUAUCUUAAAGAAUACAGUGUGGGAGAGAAAGGCAGAAGUGUCUCAUCAGGACAUGAGUAGAAGUGUGACGUGGUUGCCAGUUUUAGUGGUGUUUGGCAGUGGCGGCCCUGUGCUGGCUCGGUGCUUCUGACUCAAACUCAGUGCAAAGGUUGCCUGUGUUUCUGGCUUGGUUCUGCCUGUGCCUUUGGUUGGAGCAGGGUCUGUGUGCUUGCCCGGAGUGUGGCUUAACACCUUGUCUGCCUUGGGAAGAAUUUGAGCUGUUGGACAGGUACACCAACCUUCAAAAAAGGGAGAAUUCUAAAGGCAGCAUCCUCCCCAGCAAGUUUUGUUCUCGGCGUCUGUCCAUCUUAUGUCCGCUCUGGAAGUGGUGCCUGUGAAGAAUGACGUCGAGAGGUGCUGGGACUGCUUUCUCGAGGAAGAACUACAGGCUGAGCACCGAGCCAGAGAAGUCCAAGGUCACAGGAAUCGUGAACAGCAGGCUGCUGAAUGAUUAUCUGCAUCGUGUCUUUACCAAUGCUGAUGGGAACCAGCCUGCAGCUGCUUACAGAAAGCACCUGACGUUCCAGAACCUGCAGGAGCACCUUGACCGGUUGCUAGCAGAGGAGAGUGGCUCUGAAGACAGUCGAGAUCAGGUAGCAGAGGGCCGGCUUGGUCCCUCUACUGUGGUGUUGGACCACACGAGCGGUUUUGAGGGGCUCCUGCUGGUUGAUGAUGACUUACUUGGGGUGAUUGGCCACAGUAACUUUGGCUCCAUCAGGGCCACGACAUGUGUGUAUAAAGGGAAAUGGAUUUACGAGGUGCUCAUCUCCUCCCAGGGACUCAUGCAGAUUGGCUGGUGUACUCUCAACUGCAGAUUUAAUCAGGAGGAAGGAGUUGGAGAUACACCAGAUUCAUAUGCGUAUGAUGGAAACAGGGUGCGCAAGUGGAAUGUGACUACUACCAACUAUGGCAAAUCUUGGGCAGCAGGAGACAUCGUCAGCUGUCUGAUAGACCUUGAUGAGGGCACCAUUGCUUUCUGCUUGAACGGCAUAUCUCUGGGAACCGCUUUUGAUAACAUCACGAGGGGUGCUGGGAUGGCUUACUUCCCUGCCAUCAGCCUCUCAUUCAAAGAGUCAGUUGCGUUUAACUUCGGAAGCCGUCCACUCCGUUAUCCAGUGGAAGGUUACCGCCCCUUGCAAGAUCCUCCUGUUGCAGACCUAGUGAAGGCUCGCAAGCUGUUAGGCUACUUGAAGAAUGUGAUCCAUAUCAGAAUAGAUGUGGCGGAAGGGAAGCUGGUGGAGAAAGACACAUCCACGUGGCAGCUGCAGGGAGAACCCACAGUGUUGAUUACUUUAGCCCACAUCUUCAAUUAUUUCUCUCCUCUUAUGUGCAAGGUGUACCUCGUAGAAGAUGUGCUCAUGACCUUCCUGUUGAGCAUCCUUGAGCGAGGAGGGGCAGUGGAGGCCCAUCCCCUUAUUCAGCAGCUGCUGGAUCUCAUGUGGCUUCUUAUGGAGGAGUAUGAAGUGCACGAGUGCCUCAAGCAGCUACUGAUGUCCCUGUUGCGGGCUUACAGGUUCUCCCCCAUCAUCCCAGACCUGGGAUUGCAAAUUCACUACCUCCGGCUCACCAUUGCAGUCUUGAAGCAUGAGAAAUCCAGGAAAUACCUACUCAGCAAUGUUCUCUUUGAUGUGCUCCGUUCGGUUGUAUUCUUCUACAUUAAGAGCCCGCUGCGUGUGGAAGAGGCUGGUUUGCAGGAGCUCAUUCCCACCACGUGGUGGCCAAACCGCUUCACCAAGGAGGGCAAGGAGAGUAAGGAGGUGAAGGAGGAGAGCGCUGAGGAGAGACUGAGGCGGCGGGCAUAUGAAAGAGGCUGCCAGCGGCUCAAGAAACGCAUUGAAGUGGUGGAAGGUCUCCAGGUUCAGAUUCUGAAGCUGCUGCUGAACAACAAGGACAGAGGAGGCGGGGAAGCCUCCAGAUACAUCUUCCUAAACAAGUUCCGCAAGUUUCUUCAGGAAAAUGCUAGCAACAGAGGGAACUUGACUGUGUUGUGCCCGCCAGAGUACAUGGUGUGCUUCCUGCACCGGCUUAUCGCUGCCCUGCGUUUCUUUUGGGAUGGCCACAAGGUGAAGACCCCUGCUGCACUGAGCAGUGAAGAGGCCUAUGUCCCUCCUCAACUCUUCUAUAAUGGGAAAGUGGAUUAUUUUGACCUUCAGCGACUUGGAGGUCUCCUGUCUCAUCUUAAGAAGACUCUGAAAGAUGACCUGGCUGCAAAAGCCAAUGUCCUGAUCGACCCCGCAGAGCUGCAGGCAGUGACUAUGGAUGAUCUUGAUGAAGACGAGGAAUCAGCAACAUCAGCAGCACAGUCUCAGCGUCCCUCUGCUGCCCUGGCCAUUGGUGGAGCUCUUGCCAGACCCGGCUGGCUCAGCUCCCCCACCCUGGGCCGUGCCAACCGCUUCCUCAGCACGGCGGCCGUCAGCCUGAUGAACCCGCGGCGGCCUCUUGGCACCCUGGAGAAGAUCAAAGUGCGCACACUAAGCGUGGAGCAGCGGACAGAGGAGGACAUUGAAGGCAGCCAUGGAAAUGAGGGUCUUUUACUGGGUAGACCCCCAGAAGAGCCGGACCAGCCCAUCACAGAGAACUCCCUUCUGGAAAUCCUGGAUGGGAUAGUGAUGAUGUACAACCUCAGUGUCCACCAGCAGCUUGGGAAGAUGGUUGGGGUGUCAGAUGAUGUGAAUGAAUAUGCCAUGGCGCUAAAAGACACAGAAGAAAAAAUCAGCCGCUGCCCAAAGAGGAGGAGAGACAUCCACGAGGAACUGCUGAAGAGCCAAAAGGUCUUCUCUGAGAAGCUCAAUCACCUAAGCCGACGCCUCGCUUGGAUAAAUGUCACCAUUUAUUCAAAGGAGAAGAUGCAGGACGUGUAUUGGCUGCUGCAAGUGUGCAUCCGCACCAUUGAGCAUGGCGACAGGACGGGCUCGCUUUUCGCUUUCAUGCCGGAGUUCUACCUCAGCGUGGCUAUGAACAGCUACAGCGCACUCAAGAACUACUUCAGCCCUGUAAACAGCAUGGAGGAACUUCCAGGCUACGAAGAGACCCUGAUGCGCCUCGCUGCCAUCCUGGCCAAGCAUUUUGCUGACUCAAGGAUUGUGGGCACGGACAUCCGGGACUCCCUGAUGCAGGCGUUGGCCAGCUAUGUCUGCUACCCCCACUCACUGCGUGCUGUGGAGAGGAUCCCAGAAGAGCAGCGGAUCUCCAUGAUGAAGAACCUCCUGGCUCCCUAUGAGCAGCGACCCUGGGCACAGACCAACUGGAUUCUCGUCAGACUGUGGCGGGGCUGUGGCUUCGGGUACAGAUACACACGGCUCCCACACCUGCUGAAAACCAAGCCUGAGGAUGCCAGCCUCCCCAGCCUGCAGAGAGAUCUCUCUGUUGCUAGUUUCCAGAAGCCAUGUCCCUCCACCCUGCUGCAGCAGCACAUGGCAGACCUGCUCCGCAGUGACCGCGACCUGGCCCCCAGCUUCCUCAACAGCGUCCUCAACCAGCUCAACUGGGCUUUCUCUGAGUUCAUUGGCAUGAUUCAGGAGAUCCAGCAGGCAGCAGAGCGCUUGGAGAGGAACUUUGUGGACAGCCGCCAGCUGAAAGUGUGUGCCACUUGCUUCGACCUGUCGGUGAGCUUGCUCAGGGUGCUGGAAAUGACCGUCACGCUGGCUCCAGAGAUCUUUCUGGACUGGAAUCGCCCAUCGUCAGAGCUGCUGCUUCGGAGGCUUGCCCAGCUCUUGAACCAGGUGCUGAACCGUGUGACAGCUGAAAGGAACUUGUUUGACAGGGUGGUCAACCUCCGUCUGCCAGGGCUGGAGAGCGUGGACCAUUACCCAAUUCUUGUGGCCGUGACGGGGAUACUGGUCCGGCUGCUUGUGGACACUGAUGUUCAGGGGGCCGAGCGCGCGACAGCAGUGCUGCUGGCGGACCCCUGCUUCCAGCUGCGCUCCAUCCAGUACCUGCUGGGCCACGCCGAGCCCUCGGCCCUGGCGGCUGCCGCCCCGGCCACGGACAAGCGCCAUUUCUCCCUGCACACCUACACCGAUUACAUCAGUGCCGAGGAGCUGGCAAAGGUGGACAAGAUGCUGAGCCACCUGAGCGAAGAGUCCAAGCAGGCGGCUGCCACCACGCUGCCCACCAGCGAGGAAGACCUGUGCCCAAUCUGCUACGCACACCCCAUCUCAGCCAUCUUCAGACCCUGCUCCCACAAGUCAUGCAAAGCCUGCAUCAACCAGCACCUGAUGAACAACAAGGACUGCUUCUUCUGCAAGGCCACCAUCACUGGGGUGGACGACUUCACCAAGCCAGCCAGCUCGUAGCGCCCAGCCCCACACCCCGGGCUCCCCCCGCUGAGGGGGGUGGCCCCCCCCCGCCGCACACCGGCUUCUCCCCAAACGCUCGCCUUGCCCAAGACCCAGCGUGGGGCCGCAGCGUGGGGCUGGGGGGUUGCAGGGAGGGAGAGGCCCGAUGCCAGGCUCGGGGGCCAGCGUCCCCCUCGCCCAGCGCCUGGGCCGCGGCAGCCCCUCUGCCCCGCGGGCUGUUCUCAGGGAGGGGAGCCCGAGGUCUCGGCUCCGUCGCAGCCCCGGGGCCGGGGCAGGGGGGCCGGGCUGGGCGCUCGGGCUGUUAACUUGCCCCUGGCUGGGGGCUGACUUCGUGAAAUGCAGCAUUAAAUUAUUCUUCCUUA